GUGUGUGUGUUUGUGUGUUUCCCGGCUGGCAGGCACGGUUUUGAAAGCGGCGCAAUACUUUGACGAUUCGACACCUAUUCCGCCGACUCUCGCUUUCGGUCUGGGAUCUUUGGGGUUUCUGGCCCCCUUCAACCCGUCGCAGUGCCAAUCCAUGAUCAAAAGGGUGUUGGAGGCAUUCCGGCGGCCAAUCUCCGUCACCCUGAGGACACGGCUGCGGGGAGAGGUGUACAGCAGAGAAGGGCAGCUGGAGAGGGUGUUCUACUCCCUUAACGAGUUCAUCGUCAACAGAGGCAUCUCUGGGGUGCUUAGCACGCUUGAAGUGUUUGUGGACGGCGAGCUUGUAACGACGGCCCAGGGUGACGGUCUGAUCGUGGCAUCCCCCUCGGGCUCCACGGCGUAUAACAUUUCCGCGGGGGGUUGUAUGGUCUCUCCGCUCGUACCGGCGACGCUCAUCACGCCGAUCGCGCCGCACUCCUUGUCCUUCCGCCCCAUCCUUACCUCGGCGUCUUCGGAGAUCACGGUGCGCAUUCCGGAUACGGCCCGCGCAGACGGGUGGAUGUCUCACGACGCGACCGAAGCGGUGGUGAUGAAGAAGGGAACCUUCGUUAAGCUAUCUACGGCUUCUAUUCCUUUGCCCACAGUCAACCAGCGAGAGCUUGACGGGGACUGGUUCCAAAGCAUCCGCGACAAGCUGAACUGGAACCUCCGGACCCUUCAAACCCCGUAUCACGAGCACCAGUCUUCGGACCUAGUCGAGGACCAGUCCACGCACCAGUUCUCGCCAUCCGCCGCCGCAAACCCGUCCCCCACUCGCUUCUUCACGCUACCAACUUCUCGGGCGAAGGACAAGAGCGGUUCUUCGAAGGGAGACUCUCCGCCGAGUUCGCCAAUAUAGAUCAGCCAUCCCCGGGCUUGCUUGCUUGCGUGUGUUUGUCGUGGGUGUGCCGGGGCAUCCCUGGCUGGCAGUAAGGUCGCGGACAAGUACCCCACCCGAUUGCCGCUGGGAGGCCUGCACCCGAUUGCCGUGCGUGAUUUGGCGCAGUCUCAUGCCCCGCUGUGUCUUAAUGCCUCCGCCUGUGCGGGCUUUCGUCGGCGGGAGAAAUACUAGCUCUGCGUACAGAAGUAUUGUUGUGGCUUUCUGCCUUGUGCUGCGAGGGGGAAAAGGGGAACAAGGAGAGUUCGGGCGGGGUAGGCAUGCGAUUCGUUCGUAUAUCAAGUAACGAUUCUGGCACACACGGCAGUAGUGUGGCUAGGUUGCAGGUAGCGUCAAUUUGUCCGGCGGUUCGGUGGGGAUUUGCUUGACGCGCAUUUUUGAGGUUUGGUAGGGUGUGAUGUUGACUCUGAGUUGUUGUUGUUGUUGUUGUUGUUGGUUGUGGUUGGAGUGGCAUCCUGUUUCUACUUCGAUGUGUUUUGGUGUUGUUAACAUUGGAUUGUAUGACACAUAGGAUUGUGGCAUGUGCUUUUUCAAGCCGGGAGUCGUUCGCUUGUCGGUAAGCAAAUCGGCAUCAUCCUCAUCGUGUCGGCGUCCACUGAGUGUUUCCGAGGUUGGGUCAUUUGGUGUAUGGUAAAAUGUAGAUACAAACAUCGAAACCCGGAUACUACAUAUUUUGGAGGUUGCUGCUGAGUUCCCUGGGCACAAGUAUCGUGACACUUGUUCGGCUCAGACCAAGAGCUUUGAUUUUGCCGUCAAAAUGACACACACGUCGUUUUAGGCAUAGUCUACACCUAUCUAUUCCACGUGCCCGUCGCAGAGUUCCAAGAGGGGACGAUCUUCCAUCUUCUAAAGUGUGCAUAUGAAGUAUA